GUAGAGUCAAGUGUGGCUAAAGUGGUCUACAGGCCUUGUGCUGCUGCAGAGGACUGAAUUUCACAGCUACACAGAGAUCUCUCAGCUUCAAUGGGACUGCUGGUGCUGAUACGACUUUAUCAAGAGAGAGAGAGUCAGCAGCUGUGAGGGGGCCCACCCUUUAAUAAAUGAUCAUAAUGAACAAAUGCUCGAUAAUGAACUCCCUGUUCAGAGGCAGGAGAAACAAGCAUUGGACCCUAGCUGGGUUUUCCGAUGACACUGUGAUGACCACAGCGUAAAAGGCUAGGUGGGCAGACAGAUGUCUUGUGCAAGGAGAAUGCUAAUUUGCAGCACAGAGUAAAGUUGGAAGCAGAAAAUGGUGGCAGGGAAAAAAUAAAUUUCCAGUGUAGGAGUCAAGGCAACCUCAGUGAGAUCCUGAUGGUACCUGAAGUUCUGUCUAGGUGGUACCUACACUCAAACACAGAGCCUCAUGCAAGUCAACGAGCUCUAUGCAAGCCCAGAUGUCUGUCCAUGUGCCUGAGGCUCCUGGUAUGAUCCAUGCUCUGAGCACUUGUACUGUCCACAGUUCUGUCCCACGCAUCAAGUUCUCCAUUCACGUAGCCUAAUUCUGCUCUGAGAUGCACCAUUUAAUUCAUGUUGAAGCCAAUCAUCGACUUCAGCUGCAUCAGUUGAGUUCUGUGAAUGGAAAAUGAGCUAUUUUAUAAUCCUCAGCAUUCUUGCUCGAUUCUACAGUGGAAACUAUUUUAACGAAAGUGGUAGAUGGGGAAAACCAAGAUGGUGGCCUAGACCAAUGACAGGGACAAGUGGAGACCAAUGAACAACAGAAAUUAAUCUGGACAGAGAGAUGCCUUUUAAAAGCCAGUAACUGUUAUGACCCACAUGGCUGCAUGCUUGACAAUGCAAGGAACUUGGCAAGAGCUAGAAAUCUAUGAAUUUGAGCCCUGCCAGCUGGCAUUCUUUUCUGUUCUAUUUCGAUUCUGGAGGUCUGCAGGGUUAGGAGCCUACUCAAUUUGUGGAAGAAUGGUUGUGUAAUAUAUUGGCUCUUCAUGUUCAUCACCACUUUAUAUGCACUGAUAGGCAGAGUCAGUCCAGCCAACAGAGAGCUCUUCUAGCAAUGCUGCAUGUGUAAGGUUCGUAGAAAUAUGGGGUGGGGGAGGUAACCGUUCUCCAAAUACUCCAGAAAGAGGCUAUUAAUUUGGUGUGAUGCAAUAAUGAUCUUCCCAGCUCCUAGCCUCAGAACCCAAGAAAGGAGGAAAGCAGGGGAGGAAAUUAAACUUUCAAGUGUUCCGUGACCUGCCUGAUGAAACUUGAAAUUCCAGCAAAAUCAACCCGGCUUCACAAAGCGUUUGGAUUUCAGUGGCACUGGAAUGUGGCUCCAUCUAAGUUACUCUGACCAGAUGUACCUGUCACCUUUGCCUGCACCUCCUGCUUUUGCUGCUACUACUGCCUGCUGAGAUCCCCGCUAGGAGAGGAGAGGUAGAAAGGCUGCCUCCGCAACAUGUGCCGCUGGACCCCUGAUAGCUGGGAGGAGCAAACGCAACCUGACCCCAUUCCCGCAGGUACAUCAGGAGCCAGCUGUGAGGCAAGAGAAUGUCCUCGAUGUUUGGCAAGCCACGGGCCACCCCCAGCACCACUGACCGUCACCUCCCCAGCCUGCUGCCUGAGUGCAACGUGGCGAUCUUAGGAUGUAGAGGAUCUGGCAAAUCAGCACUGACUGUGAAGUUUCUAACCAAGAGGUUUAUAAGUGAAUAUGAUCCCAAUUUGGAGGACACCUACACGUCAGAAGAAACUGUGGACCAGCAGCCAGUGCUGAUGAAAGUGAUGGACACAGCUGACCAGGAUGUACCGGUGAACUGCGAACGCUAUCUCAACUGGGCCAAUGCCUUCAUGGUAGUCUACAGCAUUGACAACAAAAGGAGCUUUGAAGGUUGUCAUCAGUACCUGGAUACCAUUUCCCUCCACGCAAAAGGCAUUCAGCAUGAUUAUCCCAUCCUCCUGCUGGGAAAUAAGCUGGAUUUGGAGCAAUACAGACAGGUCACCAAAGCCGAAGGGGUGUCUCUAGCUGCCAAGCACGGGUGCUUGUUUUACGAGGUCUCUGCCUGCCUGGAGUUCGAGGCUGUGCAACAUGUGUUCCAUGAAGCUGCGCGGGAAGUGAGGAGGGAGAUGGAGCGGAACCUGGUGGUCCGACCGCUGUUCAUCACAGAGGAGAGGCCUUUACUACACCUUGCUUCCCCAACUGCAGUGGCCUCCAAGCACGGCCUGGCUAGCUGCACACUCAACACUCUCUCCACAGUCAACUACAAAGAGAUUCCCUCCGUGGCACAAGCCAAGCUGGUCACGGUGAAAUCGUCACGGGCUCAAAGCAAGAGGAAAGCUCCCACGUUGACCUUACUGAAGGGCUUUAAAAUAUUUUAAGCCUUGGCCCCUCCAAGGGAUGGGAAAGGAGCAGCCACUGGAUUUCCUGGCAUCCCAAGGAACCUUCUCCAACUUCUGCAGUGGCAUAUUUGACAAUCUCCAUGGCAGCAGUGGCUUACAGACCAUCUUCCAUGAUUUACUGACAAUGCACUUGGCCUUAGAACUACAGCUAAGGACUUUGGUAGGGAUGCAGUGAAUAGGCCCGGGAUUGAGUGCAGAAGAGUUUGAAACUUUGUCAUAACUUCCUUCUAAAUCACUGACUAUUUGUCCAGUCCCUGUAGCUCAGUAUUGACAUGAUAUUUGUACAUUAGUUCUAGCAUUUGCACUGAGUGUUUGUAGAGCUAUUUGUUAUAACAGAAGCAGAACAGAGAGAGGGAGAGAUGAAGCCUAUGUUAUAUUUGUCACAUCAGCAGGAUGAGAGGCUGAAUGCCCUCGCCCCGUGCGUAGGGUAAAUAAACUUUACAUUGUUCUCCCAAGAGGCCAGAUCCUCUGCUUGUACAUGUGUAUCACCACUUCUUGAAAAAUCAGCUCCCAUAAAUGCCCACUAGCUGAUUAAACAAGAGGUGUGGCCCAUGUAAUAACUGAGUCCAGAGUAUCUAAAUGCAGUGAUCAUGUAGAAGGCACAAAUGUAAUGGUCAGUUUGGUACCCUGUAGUGGGAAUAUUUGGUGGUUGGAAUAUACGACUUCACCAGAGCCAGGAUAGUUUAUGGAGAUGUAUUGGUUUUCACAAAACUUUUGUCAGGAAGUUUUUAGACAGAGAGAAAGCAGCUGAGUGGCUCAGGCAUUCAGCUGGCCUGUGGGAGAGCAGAUGAGUUGUCAGUACGCUGUCCUGGGGUGAAGGAGGCCUGGGUUAAAGUUCCUGCUUCUGGCUGAUUCACAGCAGAAUUUUCCUCCCAGAUCACUUUGACUCUGGCAGGCCAGGGACAUGAACCCAGGUCUCUAACAUCCCAGGGGCCUCUCUCUCUUUGCACCCUCGAAAGUUACCACAAUGUGGAAUUCAGGUACUCCGGACAAGCUGUAGUAUUUGGCUCCUGUUGUUAGUGCUGAAGAUCUGCAGUGUGAACGCAUAAUGUCUGAUGAAUCUGAAUAGAAGGUAGUCAGAGAUACAUGUCGGAGAUAAGGUUGUUUGGGGUAUCUUGACUCUGAAUUUCCAUACGUUCCAACAUUAGGGGGUUUGGUUUUUGUAGGAUUUUUUAAAGGGUUUCUGUAACUGAAAAUUUCUUAGAUUUCCAGUGUUUGUUAAAAUGUCAGUGUUCUUCUAAGGUUCUGUCCCCUAAAAUAACUGAUAUGUAUUUACAGCCCUAACUGGACUGGUCUGCAAAUCCAGAGAUUGUAUCCUAUGCGACUCCCAUUGAAAUCAAUGGAAAAACUCCCCUUUGCUUCCAUGGGAGCAGGAACAGGUCCAUUGUUUAGAGAUCUGCAAAUCUCAUUUCAGGUAACUUACUACAGCGCGUGUGCAGAUGAAAGUCCUUAUUGCUAGUAUUGUUCAGCGACAGUUAGCAAAAUGUUGACAUAACCUGCUCCAAGGUCAAUACAUUUCAUUUAAUGACCACAAAGCCCCCCCUACUGGACUGUUCGCACACUGCAGCUGGUAUGCCUUCAAAUCAGCAGUGUUUGCAAUUUGCUGUUAAAGCAAUAAGCAAGGUGAGGUUUUUAAAUGAAAUGAAAAAACAUUGCAAAUAUAAUUGCAGCAGAAUAAACACUUCCAGGUACAGUGUAUAAAAACAACACCUCCGCACUGAAAGAACUUGUACCAAAAAUAUAUUUUGUAAUGCUUUUUUACAAUGCAAUGUUCCUUUUCAAAGACUUUGCCAAUGGAAUACUCCUUUACUGGGUGAAUUUAAACAAAAUCGUUUGUGUAUAAGAUUGAUAUAUUUUCCAUUUUUCUUAAAUUAUUUGUGGGUGUCUCCAUUUGAUGCUCUCUGUGCAGAAUGCUCAAUAACCUUCAACCAAGGGCAAAAUUCACAAUAAACAGGCCAUUUUCCUUAAGAAAGGUUAUGUACUUUAUUUUCCUUUUUGUACCUGAUUUGGUGACAGUAACUGCUCUGAUUCUGUAUGGAAUUGCACUUCUCUGCAGAGUAAAGUCAUGUAUCUAUAAUUACACAAUUUCAAUCAACUACUUUGGAAAAUAUUUUAAUAAAGGCAACUUUUGACGAAGCAUCA